GCUGGUUUUGUUUCGCAGACCUGGCAACCCUGAGUCGGAAACACUUCCGGUGUUCUGACAAAGCUGGACGUUCACGAGAUGUCAGACGGUUUCCUGAUGGAGGUGUGUGUGGACUCAGUCGAGUCAGCCAUAAACGCAGAAAGGGGAGGUGCGGGUCGUAUUGAGCUGUGCUGUAACCUGCUGGAGGGAGGACUGACGCCCAGCACAGGUCUGCUGCAGGUGGUGAAAGAGAGCGUGCGGAUCCCGGUGUAUGUUAUGAUCCGGCCCCGCGCUGGGGACUUCCUGUACUCAGACUGGGAGGCGGAGGUGAUGAAGAGGGACAUUGAACAGAUGAAGAUUCACCGAGCAGACGGGCUGGUGUUUGGAGCGCUGACAGAAGACGGGCGCGUAGAUACUGAGCUCUGCAUGGAGCUGCUGGCGGCUAGUCGACCAUUACCAGUUACAUUUCACAGAGCCUUUGAUAUGGUCCACGAUCCGGCGGUUGCGUUAGAAGCUCUGAUCUCGCUGGGCUUUGAGAGGAUUUUGACCAGUGGCUGUGACAGCUCUGCACUGGAAGGUUUACCUGUAAUUAAACGCCUGGUGGAACAGGCAAAAGACAGAAUCGUAAUAAUGCCAGGAGGUGGAAUCACCGAGAGGAACCUUCAGAGGAUUCUAGAAGCUUCUGGAUCUCAGGAGUUCCACUGCUCUGCUCGCUCCAGCAAGGACUCCACCAUGAAGUUUAGGAAUUCUAAUGUGAGUAUGGGAGGCUCUCUGUCCAUACCAGAAUAUGCAGUAAAAGUGGCUGAUGUGACUAAAGUACGUACGCUGAACGCCAUUGCGAAGAACAUACUCUAGGAUACGUGGAGCAUCCUUCAUUUAUAUCUACAGAAAUCAAUAAGACCUGUACAGCAGGACAUGAGGGACACUCUUGUAAUUCCUCAAUAUGUAGUAUAUUCAUGUGAAUCUACUCUAUAACAAUUUACAAUGAAGUUGACACAAAAUUAAAAACUUGAAAUGUGUCAAGAUCAGUAGCACUUUUGUUUAGAUUUUGACAUUUUGCAGGUGUGAAAUAAAAUCCUCUCUUGAGCCA